GGGCAGUGAGCGCGGGGUCUGAGGGGCAGUGAGCGCGGGGUCUGAGGGGCAGUGAGUGCGGGGAUGUUCGUGUCGGAUUUCCGUAAGGAGUUCUACGACGUGAUCGUGAACCAGAGAGUAUUGUUGCUCGUUGCUGCAGAUGUUGAUGCUCUGUGCGCCUGCAAAAUCCUUCAGGCUCUGUUCCAGUGUGACCAUGUCCAAUAUACGCUAGUUCCUGUGGCAGGGUGGCAGGAUCUGGAGACAGCAUUCUUAGAGCAUAAAGAGCAGUUCAAGUACUUUGUAUUACUUAAUUGUGGUGCGAAUGUGGAUCUCCUCGAGUUGCUUCAGCCAGACGAGGAGGCUGUCUUCUACAUCUGUGAUACCCACAGACCCAUUGAUAUCAUUAAUCUGUAUAAUGACACACAGAUUAAGCUGCUGAUCAAACAGGAUGACGAUCUGGAUGUUCCUGGAUAUGAUGACCUCUUCAGAGAUGACGAAGAGCAGAAUUCGGAAGAUUCUGGCAAUGAAAGUGAAGGGUCAGAACCUUCUGGAAAGCGUAGAAGGUUUGAUGAAGCUGCGAUGGAGAGGAGAAUAGAUAGAAGACGUCAACGGCGGGAAUGGGAGGAGCACAGACGAGAGAUCUUAUUUGACUACGAGCAAUACGAAUACCAUGGGACGUCAUCCGCCCUGGUGAUGUUCGAGCUGGCCUGGAUCAUGUCUAAGGACUCCAAUGACAUGUUGUGGUGGACGAUUGUUGGUUUGACAGAUCAAUGGAUUCAUGACAAAAUCACACACAUGAAGUAUGUAACAGAUGUUGGCACUGUGCAGCGUCAUGUAUCGAGACACAAUCAUCGCAAUGAGGAUGAGGAGAACUCGCUUUCCAUCGACUGCAUGAGAAUCUCAUUUAAUUAUGAUUUACGUUUGGCCAUGUAUCAGCACUGGUCCCUCUAUGAGAGUAUCUGCAACUCCAGCUACACCUACGCCAACCUCAAGCUGUGGUCUAUACAAGGUUUGAAGAGACUGCAGGAGUUCCUUGCUGAUAUGGGGCUCCCUCUGAAACAAGUCACGCAGAAGUUUAACUGCAUGGACAUCUCGUUGAAGGAGAAUUUGCGGGAAUUGAUCGAGGAAUCGGCCAAUAAAUUUGGAAUGAGGGAUAUCCGAGUUCAGACGUUCAGCGUGCACUUUGGUUUUAAGAACCAGUUCCUCGCCAGCGAUGUGGUUUACUCGGCUGCUGCACUGCUGGAGAACAUUGAGAAAGACAACGAAAAUGAUAACUUCAUCAGAGCUUUAGACUGUCUAUCCAGGAGUAACCUGGACAAGCUUCACCAGGGCCUGGAAAUGGCCAAGAAGCAGCUGCGAGCCAUUCAUCAGACAGUUGCCAGCUGCAUCUGCACCAAUCUCAUCAUUUCACAGGGACCCUUCCUGUACUGCUACCUGCAGGAGGGGAGUCCAGAUGUGAAGAUCUUUUCCAAGCCCAUUUGUUUGAGUCUCCUUUGCAGGCACUUGCUUAAGUCCUUCAUCCGCUCGACCAGAAUCAAGCGAUGUAGGCUGCUCCCCCUGGUCAUGGCAGCUCCGAUGGAUCUGGACAAAGGGACUGUGAUAGUGACUGGAAUUCCGCCAGAGAGCGACAGUUCAGACAAAAAAAAUUUCUUUGGCAAAGCAUUUGAGAAGGCAGCAGAAAGUACCAGCUCAAGGACUCUACAUGAUCAUUUCGAUACUUCCAUAAUUGAACUAAAGGCUGAGGACCGAAGCAAGUUCCUGGAUGCAUUGAUCUCUCUUUUGUCAUAAAAGUACAUGCAACCUCAGAUUGAGCUGAUAACAUUGACCCUCAGAAGAUGCAAGGUUUUAUUAUUUGUCUUGUUUUAUGUCUGUACAAAAUAUGAAAAAGUGUCCUCCGGUGUUGUGUUGGGUUUUACAAACCUUUUAUAUUAAUUAAUUGAUUUUAAAUUAUAUGAUGUUACAGAUUUGACACUUGCCAGAUUUUACUGCCAUUUUAUUAGAAAUAAAAUUGAUGCCAAUUUGACUGCUGAUGGUUUGCGCUUUUUAUAUUGAUAAAUUUACAUCCUACUUCUUCAUACCUGAUCUCCUUGAAAGUAAAGCUGGGUUUAAGUUGUUUUAUUUGGGUCAGCUGAGUGUAUGUCAGCUACUACACAUGGAACUUUCCCUCUGUCUGGAAUGGAAUCCGUACCCUGCUUGUCUAACUCCGUAAAGUAUUAGGCCAGGUUGGCAAAAGCCAAAACUUGAAAAUGCCGGCAUUAUAUGCUGCUUGAGUUUAACCAGCUAAAACUGCAAAGCUUGCCACUAAAUGCACUAUCUGGCAGGCUACUCGCUGCUCGGACCAUCCGACCUGUAGGGUUGUGGGACAUGUUCCAGGACGCUCCCCCUCGUGAAGGGCGCUAUAUAAAUGCAUGUUCUUGUUGUAACUUGCAAGGUUAAGAAGAUCUGAGUGGGAAUAAUCUCCCACUGUCAUUCCCAAAUCCUACCGAUGAUCCAGGCUGGCUGGUCUGUCAUCAGCAGACCCACUGGUCACAGGACCUGUGCUACUUGGACUGAACACAGGAUUGCUCUGAUUCUAACAUUCUGUUAAGCAUGUCACCUUGGAGGC